UCACAGCGUUUCAUUGGCCGAGCAAAGUGCAUUUAAUGCAAUAUCUGGGAAAGGCAAGGUCGGUGCCCUAUCGUUGGCUACUCACUCGCAAUUUAAUACUUGUUGCUGCUACGGCCGCCGUCACAAGCCGCACGGCCUUUGCGACAACCGCUUGCAGUACAUCCGGCAAUAGCUCCUCCAUUGCCAACCAAAACCAAAUAAGUAAUAAUAAACUGAGCAAUAUGGAUUCAGAUCCUGUUUAUGUAGCCGGCAGCAGUUCCGUUGCUUUUGUGACCACACCCGACAAGGAGUCUGCAAAGAAACUGGCGCGCAGCAUCAUCGAACGCAAACUAGCGGCCUGUGUGAAUAUCAUACCGCAAAUCGAAUCCAUCUAUAUGUGGGAAGGUAAGGUGAACGAGGAUAAUGAGUAUCUAAUGAUGAUCAAGACACGCACCAGCCGCAUCGAUGAGUUGAGCAAGUUUGUGCGCGAGAAUCAUCCAUAUAGCGUGGCGGAGGUUAUAUCGCUGCCAAUACAGGCUGGAAAUCCACCAUAUCUGAAUUGGAUAAGCCAAACGGUACUCGAUAGACAAUGAAA